AUGUGUAAACAUGCGCUAACUCCCCACCAACCGCAACAACUGCUGCCUUGUGUGAUCAUGCAAAGCGCGGAUGAAGCGAGUGCAUUGGCUCGACUUCUAAAAAUCACACCAGAUCCAAAUCUCAAACGAUUUUCGGAGUUUGCCUUUUGGAACUUAUCAGAUGAAUUCAUCCACUCCAUUACUUUGCAGUACUGUCACCAGUACAUCCAUCUUUAUAGACGUGAUAAGCUUUACAAAUUG